AUGCCUCGCGCCGAGAUAGGCUCCACGAAGCAAAUCUCCAAUCAGAUGAAAAGCAAAGGCCUACAACGCCUGCGCUGGUACUGCCAAGCCUGUUCACGGCAGAUGCGCGACGAAAACGGCUUCAAAUGCCACGUCUCGUCCGAAUCGCACGUGCGGAACAUGAUGCUCAUCGGCGAAGACCCGCGCAAAGCCAUCAACGAGUUCUCGAGUCAAUUCCAGUCGGACUUCCUCAAACUGCUACGCACGGGUCACGGCGAGAAGAAGAUCAAUGUCAAUCACUUCUACCAGGAGUAUAUCAGUAAUAAGGAGCAUGUGCAUAUGAAUGCGACGAGGUGGGCGAGUUUGACCGAGUUUGCGAAGUUUCUUGGGAGGGAGGGCAUCUGUCGGGUCGAGGAGGAGGAGGCGGAUAGUAACGGACGGGGUGGGGGGUUGAUGAUUAGCUGGAUUGAUAAUAGUCCUGAGGCGUUGAGGAGGCAGGAUGCGUUAAGGAAGAAGGAAAGGCAGGAUAGAGGGGAUGAGGAGAGGGAGUGGAAGGGUAUAAAGGAGCAGAUUGCCAGAGCGAGGAAGGAGGGGCAGAGUGGGGAGGAAGAUGAGGAUGAAGAGGCAAGAUACCUACAGCGGAAAGAAGGUGAGAAGAUCAAGUUGAGUUUUGGUGCGAGGAAACCUGCAUCCGCCACAGAAGAGGAGAGACGGAAUGCAGAAACGAAACCUCCUUCGCCGCCGUUGACAGAGAACGAAGAGCUGAGCAGCGAGGACAACCCCACCCUCAAACCAGACUCGACCUUGAGGGAGACCAACACAACCUCACCUCCAGCACCCGCCAAACUCUCUCUCAAAUCGUCAGCUUCGUUCACAACGCCAAACCCUAAAAAUGUCUUCGCCUCAGCACCAAAGAAGAACCCUCUCGCUAUGGCCAAGAAACCGAGACCGGCCUCGGUACUCUCCAAACCAAUGAGCGAAGCUGAACGUAUCAUGAGGGAGGAGAUUGAACGGAAGCAAAGAAGGGAGGCGAGUGGUGGAGGAAAUGCGUUCAAGAGGCAGCGAGUUUCAUGA